GAGAGAGAGAGAGAGUGAGUGUGUGUGUGUCUCUGCAGCAUCAUUUGAGCGAGUCUCUCUCGCGCGUGCAGUGCGGUAGAACGUGCAGGUGAUGGGAGGAGAAGGAGGAAGAGGAGGGAGGUGCGUGGACCGAGCAUGCGGGACCUGGACUUCAGGGGGUAAAAGACGCAUAGAGCACGCGGAACAGUUCCCGCAACACACUUCCUCCCUUUCUGCGCGAGCUCCCAACCGGCCUGCCGAUUACUUUUCACCCGCCUCUUUAAUCCGUCCGGUUGGAGCGCGCGAGACUGCCGUUUGUUUUCCUUUCAUUCCUUUAAAUAAGGCUCGGGACUCCAUCAGCGGUCCUUAACUUUUAUUUAUUGAACGGCUUUGUAGACUCGCGCGCGGUUGGCACGCGGGCAGCAGACUGCAGAGGAGACUGAGGUAAGAGGAGGACGAACCGGGAAGGACUUUGGAUGGGAAAAAAAGAAAAAAGAGAAGGAAAAAAAACCCUCCAGAUAAUAAAAUAAAGGAGACUGUUUAUUUCCCGAGCGAGGACAAAGCCGCCGUUGUCGCGUGCAUGCUGUAGAAAAGAAGAGCGCGCGAUAUAUAUAUAUAGAUAGAUAGAUAGAGGGAGGGAGAGAAGCGUCCCGAGUUGAAGUCACGGAUCUCUCUCUCUCUCUCUCUCUCUCCUCUCUCUCUCUCUUUUGUGUUCUACUGCAUUGCAGUUUAAACCCGGUGCAAAGCGAAAGAGAGCGGCUCGCGCGCCGUGCAGCAUCUAAAUGAACCGGAGAAGGAGAGAAAGACCCGGUACCGAGUGGAUCUUUUUAUUACAGACAUGAAAUUUCGCUUAAGGGGAUGUGUUUUUGUUUUAAUGCGAUCAUCUCGCACGUGCAGACGUGACUGGAGCAACUAAGGAAGUGCAAGAUCAUCUAAUAAUAAUAAAAAAAAAAAAAACGCACACAAGCAGAGACUAAAAAUUAUUACUGGAACUGGAGCACGAGGAAGCUGCAGAGAGAGAGAGAGGGAGAGAGAGAGAGAGGGAGAGAGAGAGAGAGAGAGAGAAAGAGAGCGAGCCAUGGGGAGCGUGAGCGUUGGCGCAGUGAACACACCGCUCGGGUUCUACCUCGUGCUCGUGCUGCAGCUGCUGACUCAGGUGGAUUCAGCGCUGCGCUACCGGGUCGCUGAAGAAGGUCCGGCGGAUGUGCGCAUCGGUAACGUGGCCAGCGACCUCGGGCUCGCGACAUCCGGCAUCGGCACAGGCGACGUGACUUUUGCACUGGAGUCCGGAGCAGAGUACUUCAAGAUAGACAACGUGACGGGUGAGCUGACCACCAGCACCCGGCGUAUAGACCGCGAGAAGUUACCUCAGUGUGCCAUGAUCUUUGACGAGAACGAGUGCUUCUUGGACUUUGAGGUUUCGGUGAUUGGGCCACUCCAGAGCUGGGUGGAUCUCUUCGAAGGCCGCGUCGUCGUCACCGACAUCAACGAUAACACGCCGUCGUUCCCGUCUCCGAUGCUUACUCUGUCCGUCGAGGAAAACCGACCGAUCGGAACACUUUACCUUCUCCCCACCGCUACGGACCGCGACUUCGGACGGAACGGUAUCGACCGCUACGAGCUCGUGCACCAGGAUGCUGUUACCGGGUCACGCCGACCCAAUCCCAGCAUGGCUACAGGAACCGAAAGGAAUGGCGGUGGUGAGAGGAGGCGUGUUCAGGAGGCUGGGCCUACCCAAAAUGGGCGGAGCAACAGCGUCUUUGAGUUGCAAGUUGCAGACACACCUGACGGACAGAAACAGCCACAGUUGAUCGUAAAAGGCCCGUUGGACCGAGAGGCGCGCGAUUCCUACGAGCUCAUUCUCCGAGUACGAGAUGGUGGAAAUCCGCCACGUUCUUCUCAAGCGCUGCUUCGUAUCUCCAUCACCGACGUCAACGAUAACAAUCCGCGCUUCGAAAGAGCCGUUUAUGAAGCCGAAAUGGCGGAAAACACACUUCCAGGAACUCCCGUGCUACAGGUGCGAGCUUCGGACCGUGACGUCGGCGUGAACGGGCAGGUGGAAUAUGUUUUUGGUGCCGCGACGGAAUCCGUACGCCGGCUACUCCGCCUCGACGAGGCCUCGGGUUGGCUCAGUGUGUUGCACCGUAUCGACCGAGAGGAAGUUUCCCAGCUUCGCUUUAUAGUAACUGCGAAAGAUCGAGGGCAACCGCCUCGAACGGACCGCGCCACGGUCAUCCUCAAUGUCCGAGACGAAAACGACAACGUUCCCGUUAUAGAUAUCCGCAAAAUCGGACGCAUCCUUGUGCGGGACGGAGCCGCUAUGGUGCCUGAGAACGUUCUGGUGGACACUCCUGUAGCAUUGGUCCAAGUUUCGGAUCGUGACCAAGGAGAAAACGGCGCCGUGACUUGCACGGUGGUGGGAGACGUCCCAUUUACGCUGAAACCUGCAGGAGAAAACGCACUAGCUCCUCCUCCGGCUGUGGACGACGCGUUUGAGCGGAACAAAAAGAAGUUUUUCCUGCACACGUCGGCGCUUUUGGACUACGAAUCCACGCGGGAUUACACGGUCACGAUCGUCGCGGUGGACUCCGGAAGUCCGAGUUUGUCCGUUAACAGCACUUUGAUGGUGCGAGUGGUGGAUAUAAACGACCACGCUCCGACGUUCGCUCAAAAUCUAGUGGAAGUUCAUUUUGCUGAAAACAACACGCCGGGCGAGCGAGUGGUCACCGUGGUCGCGUCCGACGCCGAUAGCGGCAAGAACGCAGAGAUCGCGUAUUCCCUGGAUCCAUCAGUGAACGGUGCGUUUUACAUAGACACCGAUAACGGAGAUAUACGCGCUAGCGGAGUGUUAGAUCGAGAACAGCGUGACCGAUACGAGUUCCGCGUAAUCGCACGAGACAAGGGCACUCCGUCCUUACAAGGUUCUACAACCGUUGUUGUCCAGAUCACUGACAGAAAUGACAACGCUCCGAAGUUCGUCCAGGAAGUUUUCAUGUUUUACGUCAAAGAGAACUUGCUGUCCAACAGCCCCGUCGGUAUGCUGACCGUCACGGACGCGGACGACGGGGAGAACGCGGAGUUGAGUUUGUUCGUGGAGGAAGAGGAUGACGACGAAGAGGAAAACGAAACAGGAAGUAGAAAGCAGGAAACCUUAACCAAGACGUUCUCCAUAGAGAACAACACCGGAACCAUCUUUUCCGUGUUGUCGUUUGACCGUGAGCGCCGCAGCACGUAUAAAUUUCGUGUCCGAGCCAUAGAUGGAGGCGAUCCGCCUCGAUCCGCGACCGCCACGGUCUCUCUCUACGUGACGGAUGAAAACGACAACGCUCCAUCCGUCAUCGCUCCUUCUAACGACUCGUACACGCUCCUAACGCCGUCCAGCAGCGCCCGGACUGUCGUGAGAACCGUAACGGCCUCGGACAGCGACGCCGGGUCCAACGCGGACCUGCGCUACGCUCUGAUCGGUGGAAACCCGUUCCAUCUGUUCGAGAUCGGCGCGAGCAGCGGCGUCAUCACGCUGACGGAACCACUGGAGAGACGACACCGAGGACUCCACCGCCUGGUGGUGCGAGUGAACGACAGCGGCGUUCCCUCACUGUGUGCCACCGCGCUUGUUCACGUCUUCGUGAACGAGAGUCUCACCAACGCCACCCUGGUGGACGCUCAGGUGGCUCGCAGUUUGGGGGUCCCCCUGUCCCUGGACAUUGCAGGCGACCCUGAUAACGAGAGGAUUCUGGGUAAGCAGCGCCUCAGCGUGGCGAUCGGCGUGCUGUCCGGUGCGGCCGCUGUGGUUCUCAUCAUCCUGCUGGUUUUGACGGCGCGUCAGUGUGGCGCGCUCGGGAAGAACGGCUAUGAAGCCGGAAAGAAAGAACCGGAGGAGGACUUCUUCACGCCCCGCCCACCCUCGCAGCCGCCACCCGAGAAAAAAAAACGUCGCGAUGCAGAGAAACGUGACGCCCGGUCCAAAUCCGAGCGCUCGCUGUACGCCGGGAUCGUCACGGUGAACAGCUGCAGACGCACCGACGAGGAAGAAGAAGAGGAAGAGGAAGUCGAAGAAGAACAGGAAGUGAGUCAGCGCAUUGGGAAUAGGCGUCAUCGCUCCAGUCCAGAUCUGGCACGCCAUUACAAAUCGAGCUCGCCGUUACCUGCCGUCCAUCUGCAGCCCAACUCGCCACCGGUGGAGGGGAAGAAGCACCAGGCUGUGCAGGAACUUCCUCCCACAAACACCUUCACCGGGAACGGGAACGGGAACGCCGACGCCAUGUCGCUCGGCUCUGACCAUUGCUCCGACUACAGCUGCCACAACACCAAGUACAGCAAACAGCCCUUGCGCAGGGUGACGUUCUCCGUGGCGACGGAUGCUGGUUGCUAUGACAGCGGGGUGGAAGAAUCGGAGACACCGAGCAGUAAGAGCAGUAAGAUCGGCGUCCUGUCUCUUCCUGAAGAUGGAUACGAGAGAACAACACCCGAGGGCAGUGUGGGGGAGGAGGAGCACGUGGAGAAUGACUCGAGGCAGCUCCCUGACGUGGCUUUAACAGGAAAAUGCACUCGUGACUGUGGUGAGUACGGCCAUUCUGACACCUGCUGGAUGCCUGUGCAGUCAUCACCACGGAGACUUCAGGGCAACGGAGCACCACGGCAACGCAUGUCCAGCUUCACAUCAGCAGGUGACGACAACAACAACCACGACAACAGCGAUCGAGAGGAAGAAGAAGGAGAGGAGGAUGAAGGCUCUGACCAAGGCAGCGGAGGGGGUGGAGCCGACGACACACGCAGUCCUCUGGCCAAUGGCGAUCCCCUCGCAAGCCGUCGCCACGGUGACCGCAACAGGAACAUCGGGGAUCACAAUCGGAAUCUACUGAACCGCAAGAUGACAUCAGCAUCAUAUGACACCUUCAGCAGCGCUAAGUUCGGAGGUCAAUGCCAUAGAGACGACUCGGAGGUGCCCCACCCACAUGAGGUAAUUCCACUGACCCGGGCAGGGGGCGGAGACUUCAAAACAACAUCAUGCCUGCAGCUAUCACGCAGGGAGGUUUACCUGUGAGGAACACCUGAGACACAAACUCACACCUGAGAUACAAACUGAGAUACGGACUGAGAUACGAACUCGCACCUAAGACACGAACUCACACCUGAGAUACAAACUCACCUGAGCAUUGAAUUUCAAUCUGACAGAUGACAUCUCACCUGAAUCCUGAACUCACCCCUGAGAUACAAACAGGAAGUUCCAAAAGAUAUAAACACCUGAGCUACAAAUCUGUACCUGAGAUCUGAAGUUACCCCUGAGAAAAGAACUUUCCCCUAACCUAGGAAUCUGAACCUAAAAAGUUCACAUCUAGAAGGUGAAGAACCUGAACCUGGAGGUGAAGAACCUGAGUUCUCACCUGAGCUACCGAUUGGCACCUUAGCUACAAAAUCACAGUUAAGCAACAAACUCACGCCUGAACUACAGUUUUAUAUUCACACCUGAGUUAGGAAUUCACAUCCAAGAUCUAAAAUGUGGACAACACCUGAAACUACAGCCUCUCACCUGAGAUCAGAAUUCCCACCUGAGAUCUGAGCCUAUGUCAGAGAUAUCAGUUUGAUACAAAAUGUUGAGUUCCCAUCACACCUGAAAUCCCUCACCUGACCUUCUAAUACAGACAUGCCAAUACAGAGCUUCCACUUCUUACCUGAGCUACCAGUUCUCACCUAAAUUACUAAUUCACCUGGGCUACAAGUUCUUACAUGACGUACCAGUAAAGACCUACACGAUGAGUUUGCACCUAAGCCAUGACCUCAGCUGAGCUACCAGUGCACAUCAGUGCUACCGGUUCUCACCUGGACUACCAGUAGUCAACUGGGCUACCAAUACAGACCCGAGCUACCAGUGUACACUUGAGCUCCUUGAACUGUGAAUUCUCACCUGAGCUACCAGUUCUCACCUGCACAAUGAGUUUGUACCUGAACCACAAAAUCAAACCUGGAGUAAGACUCACCACCUGUUUAGGAGGAGUUUCAGGUAUUUCAUGACUCGCGCUCCUUAACUGACUGUUUCUCAUCCCAUAAUUUCUGCGGAUGAAAAAUGAAGGCGGAGUCGAGGAUUCGGAACGAGUCAUCUCACAGACUUUAAAGAAGCUGCGAACUGUUGAAGAAAAACUGUUGAACGUUGCAUGUUUGAUCUCCUGCAGAUGGGAAAAAAUAAUCUGGAAAACAAACGGCGGAUUUGAAACGAGUUUAUAAACUCAGUUAUUUUAGGGAUCUUUAAAAGACUUUAAGAGUAACGAGCUGCAUGUUGGGCCUCCUGCAGACCAGGGGGCGCUGUGGAGAGAGAGAGAGAGCGCUUUUACAGAACUGAACCCGGCGUGGUGGACCCGGUGGUCUCCUCUGACAUCAUCCUUACAGGAAGAACCGAAAGUUACAGCGUUAAGCUAACUUUAUAUUUUAGCGUGAUCAUAAGUAACUAACUAACUGACAACACUUGGUGUAAUGCUAAUCAGCUAGCUAUAUUUAUUACCUCAUUUCACUGAGCUAUUAUCCAGCUAGCUCUUUAUGUUUAGCUAACAUUCUGAUAACAGUGCCGUGUUGUUGUUUAAUAGCAAGCUAGCUUAAGGUAGCUAGUUUUAGAAAAAAAACGUAGCCAUGUGGGCGAUUUCAGCCAAUGUAGAAGUAUUUAUGAUGUCAGGAAGAACCACUAUGCACAUCCUGAUUUUGACUGACAGGUGCCUCUGGAUCACGCAUGGGCGGAGCUUAGGUUAAAUGUGCUAGCCAAUCAGCCAAUCACAUAACUUCUUGAUGUGACUCCAUCACCUGACUUUCAUUUCUUUGGCUUGUUUUAUAUAGUUUUAGCAUAAGACUUUCAGUUCUAAGCAGCAAUCGCUAAGCUAACCAGCUACCUAUAUGCAGCAUAACGCUAACAUUAGCUACUUAGUUGAGGUUCGUUAGAGUUAGGUAAAUUAUUGUAUCGUGAGAAUAUAAAAAUAUAAAAUAAGUAAGCACGCUAAAUUAUCGUGAUGUUUUCAUGAAGUUUGCGAAUGGCCGAACAGAUUUACAUUAAGCCCCGCCCCCUGCUGUUCCAAGGGCUCCGGUCGCUGGGAGUAAACAGGACAUGUGACCAUCACAGCCAAUCAGAGACGUGAAGUGUAAAGUGAAGUAAAAAAAAAGUUAAAACAAUCAUUUAGCACUUAACCAAUCAAAUGUAAGUAUUCAAAUGAUAUUCAAAUCAGCUUUCCUAGAAUCAGUAGACAAAUGAAGACUAAAAUACAGUAUUUUUCUUCCGUUUCUUUUUUUUCAUGGAUGACCAACACAAAACGGAGCCAUUUCAUUGGACGCCGUCCGUAAAAGACUGAAAAACAAAACAAACAAACAAAAAAAAUCACAAAACGAUGUUGAACUUUCCACAAAACGGAGAAAGAGAACAAAAACGGAAUGAAAAAGGAACUGUAGUUUCAUUAGCCACGUUUUCUUCAACUAAUACAACACACACACACACACACACACAUACACACACACACACACACACACACACUACAUAUUAGCCAUCGUAAGAGGAAUUAGCUGUAGCAUUUUGCCUGCUUAAUCUUCACACAUUAUUGGACUAUAAACUAAUCCUCCGUUUAAGUGCGUACACAAUUUCAGGGCAUUAAAUAUUAAAACAUUACGAUAACAAAUUUCAUCUGUUUUUGUUUGUUUUGUUUGUUUUUUUUUCUUUAAUGUUCUUUCUUUAAUGUAGGUAAACCAAAUUUCUGUAAAGACGACACUGCAUGCCUGUAAGCUAACGCUGAUUUUGAUAUAAAAACAUGGAUCCAAAAAGGGAUUUAAUCUCUUUAAAAAAAAACAGUAAGAGAGAGAGUGUGUGUGUGUGUGUGUGUGUGUGUGUGUGUGUGUGUGUGUCCAGUUACAAGAUCUCCAAAUCAUCAUUUCAUAAAAAACAUCCAUGUCAUUAUGAAUCAUGUUUAUAACUGACCAAUCACAAGCCCCGCCUCAUUCACCAAUCACAAGCCCCGCCUCAUUCACCAAUCACAAGCCCCGCCUCAUUCACCAAUCACAAGCCCCGCCUCAUUCACCAAUCACAAGCCCCGCCUCAUUCACCAAUCACAAGCCCCGCCUCAUUCACCAAUCACAAGCCCCGCCUCAUUUACCAAUCACAACAUAAGAAACAGGUUCCAAGCUGAAGAACCUCAGUAACUGUACUGUAUGCUCUAUAUUUACAAGUGGGUGGGAUUGGGGGGCAGUCAGUUGAUUUGAGUGGGCGGGGCUUGGGGCCAGUCAGUUGAUUUGUGAGUGGGCGGGGCUUGGGGUCAGUCAGUUGAUUUACGAGUGGGCGGGGCUUGGGGGUCAGUCAGUUGAUUUGUGAGUGGGCGGGGCUUGGGGGUCAGUCGGUUGAUUUGUGAGUGGGCGGGGCUUGGGGUCAGUCAGUUGAUUUGUGAGUGGGCGGGGCUUGAGGUCAGUCGGUUGAUCUGUAGAUCACGAACACGUUGCUCAUUUCAGACUUGUACUUUUUCCAUUUCUCUUUUUUUCUCUCUUACUCCCUUUAUUUCUUCAUUCGUUCUCCUUUUUUAUUUGCAUAUUUUUAAUCACUUUACCCCAAAUUACCCUUUUCCAUGAAGAGAUUCAUUCAUUGCCAUAUGAAAAACAAGUUCAUCCAGCAUCUUUGUUCUUUUGUUCCUAAGUAGAACCUCCCUCUGUUUUUCUGAGAGUAAAGUCUGGGUCCUGAGAGGUUAAAGGAACAGUUCAGUCAGUAAAAUUCCUGAAGUGUUACGAGUUUCCUUCUUUAGCUGCGAGGCUAAUGUCGCUAACAAGUAACAGAAGUGUAUGGCGAAGUGGUUUCUGAAUAUAAACAUGGACAAAAGGACAGAGUCACAGUGAAAAUCAUUUUCUUCCUCAGCACACUGUUUGGUGUCACUCCACACCAGCGUCAGACUCAGGUAGGGGCGUGGCCUACAAUUUGAGGGCGGAGCUUGAACGUUAGAAGUGUUUAAUACGAUAAUGAUAAGUCAUUUUAAUUUGCAUGUUUAUUGUUAGUGUUACUGAACCAAACGACGACUUCCGAUGCGAGCGUGUGGUGAUUUUAGACGUGCUGUUUGCACAACGUUCUUGGUAGCAAUGUUAGCAUUAGCCUUGUAGCUUUAGUAGAACCGAACAUGCCUCGAGUACAUUCAGGGUAACGGAGAAUUUCAUUCAGUUCUGUCAUCGUUCAUUGCUUCAUUUCAAACUUCAGACUGGACUCCAGAGGUCCAAAUCCAAAACUAAAACAUGACUCUGUGUGUGUUUGUGUGUGUGUGUGUGUGUGAGUUCUUUGUAGGCUAAAACCUGCUGUUCUAGAGCAGUGUGUAAUUAUUCCUGUACAGUUCAGGGUGUAAAUGAACUCCUCUGUAUCUUCUCCUUUUUCUAAUGCACGUUUCUCUUUAACUGAUUCAUUAAUCAUCUCCUAGCUUUUUUUUAACCAGCACUCGACUCACGCACCGUCACACGCGGAGAGACGGCCAUGAACUUUAACCAGAACGGCAUGCUAACGGCGUUUAAUCUGCACUUAAUGAGGAAAAUGUAUUUUUUAUUUUGCUUUGAUGUGAUGAAUCGAUGAGUUGAUGAAUCAAUGAAUCGAUGAAUCAGUGAAUCGGUUCGCUUUGUGUUUGUGAUGAUAAACACUGAAUGAGGGCUCUGGAGCUGUUUGGUAUGUUACAGUUAUGUACAAGUUUGACUUUUUGACAUUAAAAUCUCUUUCAAACUUC